AUGUUCAUUGAGAUGAAGGGUCGCAGUAAAGAGGAAGCGUUCGGGAUCGGACACGAGAUCUGUGAUGCUGUGACGGCCAUGAACCCGCAGCCAAUCAAACUUAAGUUUGAGAAGAUUUACUAUCCAUGUGUGCUACAAACAAAGAAGCGAUAUGUUGGGUAUAGCUACGAGACCCUGGACCAGAAGACACCAGUUUUUGACGCCAAAAGAAUCGAGACAGUCCGGCGAGACUCCUGUGCUGCAGUAUCCAAGAUCCUGGAGCGAUCCAUCAAGAUCCUGUUUGGUUGUAAGGACGUCUCCAAAGUAAAGGAGUACGUGUUAAGACAAUGUCGGAAGUUCAUGGAGGGCAAGGUUUCCAUGCAGGACUGUGUGUUUGCCAAGGAAUACCGCGGAAUGAAGGGCUACAAACCAGGGGCCUGUGUCCCGGCCCUGGAGAUUGCAAAGAAGCUGCUCCGACACGACCGACGUUCCGAGCCCAGGACGGGGGAACGAGUCCCGUACGUGAUCAUCUACGGCAGUCCGGGUCUGCCACUCAUACAGCUGGUGAGACAGCCGGGGGAGGUCCUGUCUGACCCCGCACUCAGGCUCAACGCCACAUACUACAUUACCAAGCAGAUCCUGCCACCGCUUGACCGAGUCUUCUCUCUGCUAGGGGUUGACGUCUUCUCAUGGUACAACGACAUGCCCAAGGUGGUCAGGGUCGUCCCACAGUCCUUGAUGGCCCCUGACCAGCGGAAAGGAACUAUAUCUCAAUACUUCUCAGCCACUAACUGUCCAGUAUGUGAUAAACAGACCAAUCAGCCGAUCUGUAACAGCUGUGUCAAGGACCCACAGCAUGUUUGUGUCACUCUCUGUGAUAGGAUCAGGAGAUGGGAGAAGGUUUAUCAUGACCUGGUGCAGGUGUGUAACACCUGUAUGGGGGUCAAGGAUGAGAGUCAGCCAUGCGUGUCUUUGGACUGUCCAAUCAUGUUCCGCCGUGUCCUCGCUGAACAGGACGUACAGAAAGGGACACAACUCCGGGAGGUGGUCAACAAAGUCUUAGAUUUCUGAUUCUUUUGGAACAUAACUGGCAGAGUUGACUUCAGGAAUUUUAUGUGGACAGUUUCAGGAACUUUAUGGUGUUUUUUUCAGAGGAGACACCUGCUCAUUAAAUCCCUGUUUGUCUUAAUGAAAAUAGUGAAAUUACUGAAGCAGAACAAGAAACAGCUUCAAGGAAAUGUCUACCCCACAGUUUGCACAGUCAAGGCUUCUGUUUGCUGUGUAAUGAGAAGACAAUGUAUAUCAAUGAAACUAAACUACCUUUACUAUCAGUAUUGUGAGAACUAAGUUCUGCACGUUUAUAAGAACACAGGGUUAAUACAAAACUGUGAUAUUGGGCUCAACUUAACAAUUUAUAUAUGCUGUCAUGGACAUGAUAUACAAUGUAAGCUUACAAAUUGAGAAGAAACUGUUUAUUCUAUCGGCUUGGUGAUAGAGAGACAUGAAGAUCGACUGCUUAGGCUGCUUUAUGUGUGCUUCCAUAAGCUGAGAGAAACUCAGCACUUUGACAAGCUAGAUCAAAGAGAGAAAACUUAAUUCGACUGUUUUUAGGAGUUGGACAGAGCAUUACUUGACUAAUUUUUUACAAAACAUUUCCUCAUUCGUUCAUCAUCUUCAUCACAUGAUGUAAACAUGACAGGUUCAUGUAUCCUAGUUGCUCAAGCUCUGGCUCUUUAUUGUUGCCAUAGUUUUUUGACUGUCAUGGUUUUGUAUUGUUGUCAUGGUUUUGGUCUCCAUGGCGUUUAUCUGUGAUAAUUACUGCAGCUAUAUUGGACUUGAAUUUUAUAGACAUUGUAGGUGCUUUAUUUUGUAGAAUAAUUGGAGAUGUAAAGAUGAGAUGUGGAUUCCAUUUUCCUUGUACUUUGUUUAUGAUAUCAUUUGUCCAUGUUUUAUAUCUGAUAUUACUUAUCCCCUCAAGAUCUCACACUGAGUGACUAUGUGUACAUACACAGUGAGUGACUGUGUGUACAUACACAUUGAGUGACUGUGUGUACAUACACAUUGAGUGACUGUGUGUACAUACACAGUGAGUGACUGUGUGUACAUACACAUUGGGUGACUGUGUGUACAUACACAUUGAGUGACUGUGUGUACAUACACAUUGAGUGACUGUGUGUACAUACACAGUGAGUGACUGUGUGUACAUACACAUUGGGUGACUGUGUGUACAUACACAUUGAGUGACUGUGUGUACAUACACACUGAGUGACUAUGUGUACAUACACAUUGAGUGACUGUGUGUACAUACACAUUGAGUGACUGUGUGUACAUACACAUUGAGUGAUUGUAUGUACAGACUACAAUGGAAUCUGUACUUGGUGUUACAUUGUCCAUUGAAGAGUGUUUUAUUGACCCGUUACUGUUGUAAGGUCCAUGGCUUGUUCUGUUUCCUUUUUCAUAUGUUUAUCUUCUGUUAAUGCUUACUUGUUGUAGUGCUUGAUGAUGAGAGUUCACUCAAUGUUGUGAUAAAAAUGAGUUACCUCCCUUGUUGGAACUCUUCAGCAAUUUAUAUGUAUAUACAUUUUUCCUGAAAUGUAAAAAAUAUAAACACAUGAACAAAAUUAGAAUUAUCAUACGAAAUAUCCUGCCUGCAUAGUAAGAACAAAACAAAUUUAAACCACAUCCAUAAUUGUUUUUGUUGACUCAAUUUAGAUUAUCUGAAAAAAAUCAAAAGGCUUAAGGAGUUUUGCAUUUGGCACUGCUAUAAGAAACAGGAUACUAACUUCUCCUAUAGAGGAGUUCCUACAAGGGAUAUUAUUUGUUAUAAAAUCUUUUUACCAAAUUUAGUGCAUGUAUGAUAUUCGUUAUAACAUGUAUAGGUGGUGUAGAUGCUUCUUUGACAUGACUAGAGUUUGAUUAUUGGCAGAAUAUUCUCUGAUCAUGUAGUAAAUCUGAUGUUGGUACAAGUGAUUAGGAAUGUUUACGUAUGUAAAGCUGUGGUGAAAUGUGAGCAAAGUGAAAGUUCAUAUGAAUAUUUAUAUUUCUUAUAUCAUGUGAUGAAUCUGUUCCAAUAGAUGUUGUGUGUGUGUGUGUGUGUGUGUGUGUGAGAGAGAGAGAGUGGUUGCUCAAUUGUUGUAGUGCAGUGAGUACUUAGUAAGUGGACAGUAGCUUUUUAUAUUUGGUUUACUAAAUGUUGGAAGAGUUGUGUUGUCUGUGUAAAGAAACACUACAUCACUGCCAAUAAAUAUAGCAUACAAAC